UCAGUUCACUCGGUCGUCAGUAGUUUCAGUAAAAAGCGUGAUAAUAAAUCAGCUUUCUUUUAGUAUAUUAUUAUAAAUAAUUAGCUAUGGGAAAAAAGAAGUCAAAAAAACGUCGACGAUCCUCGUCGUCCAGUUCAAGUUCGAGCAGUUCGGAUUCCUCACAAGAGAAAAAGAAACUUCGCAAGUUAAAGAAAAAAUUGAAGAAAGAGCAAAAGAAGACAGAGAAAAUUCUUAAAAAGAAGUUAAAGGAGGAAAAGAAAAAGUUGAAGAAGAAACAGCGCAGCAAGAGCCGGAGCCGCGAAACGUCGACCAGUAAGCAAGAUGCGGCCGCUGAUAUACCCAUAGAGUUAAUGGAGAAGUCCAAAGCGAUGGCACCAAUGACAAAAGAGGAAUGGGAACAGAAGCAAAGUGUGGUCCGCCGGGUGCUGGACGAGGACUCUGGCCGAUACAGGUUAAUAAAAGGUGAUGGUGAGGUGUUAGAGGAGAUUGUGUCCCGAGACCGCCACCGGCAGAUCAACCGGCAGGCCACACAGGCAGACGGUGCUUACUUCCAAGCAAACACUGUUGACAGGAAGAUUUAGCCAUAUAUAUACCUUUUCUUCUUUUUCAGUAACUUUGUCCAAUUUAGUUCUUUUCUGUAGUAUCACCAAUAUCACCAUAGUUGUGCUAGCUAGAAAAAGAGAAGCAGCAGUUUUAGCCACAACUAUUUUUAUGGUCAGAUAUUUUAUUAUUAUACAUGGUUAUUUGGGGUUGUUCUUGAUAAGAACAUUAUACCAUAUGAAAUUAGUCUGGCAUGGAGAAGCCCAGAGCAAAUCCUGCAACGAAAUCGGGGUUUAUUCUUCAGUUAAUACAGUAGAUAGGUAA